GGAGUUGCCAGUCGGAUGCUGAAUUUGUUACUCCCAUACUUCUCUGGGAGUUUGAGGACCAUGAGGGGGAGGUAGACAAAAAUAUUGUCAAGGGGAGAAAGACACCUAGCGAACGACGCUUGCCGUGUGCUAAGAGAAACGAGUGUACUGAUGAGCCCCACCUCGUGCUUUAUUGUUUAUUUGCUGGUUAUUGUAGUUUUAAGUCCUGUUUUCAAACUCCCAUUGGGAUGGCACUAAAUGUUUGGAGGCUUGGGGCGCUUGUCUGGGGCUAGGCUAAGAGCUGCAGUCUCCAGCCCUAAACAUACUAUGUUACUUUCUUUUUGGCUCCCCAAAAUCAUGGUUCAUAAAACUUACUCAAAGACUUAGCCGUGUAUUAUCCAGAGUCAGUGCUUUGUUUUUAUAGACUUAUGGUCAUAGAAUUUAGAACUGGGGCCAGCUAGAUGCUCCACAGGUAAAGAUGGUACUUAGAGCUCAUGGAAAGGUGGAAGACCUGAGUCCAGGGUUCCUCUUGCCCAUUCACAUUAUAUACACACACCAAUAAUAAGUAAAAAUCAUGUAAUAAAAGUUGAAAAUCUAGAUUGGGGGUUUUUGUUUUGUUUGGGGUGUAUUAUUUUAUAUACAGUGUUCUGCCUGUAUGUCUGCCUGCAGGCCAGAAGAGGGCACCAGAUCUCAUCAUGGGUGGUUGUGAGCCACCAUGUAGCUACUGGGAAUUGAACUCAGGACCUCUGGAAGAACAGUCACUGCUCUUAACGGCUGAGCCAUCUCUCCAGCCCUGAUUGGGGUGUUUUAAAUAUGUUUGAGUCCAAAUAUGUUUAGUUUUGGAGGAAACUUUGAAAAUUUAUGUUUUUUUUGUUUGUUUGUUUGUUUGAGACAGGGUUUCUUCACGUCGUCCUAGCUGUCCUGGAACUCUGGAGACCAUGCUGGCCUUAAACUCACAGAGUUAGUUUGCCUCAGUGCUGGGAUUAAAGGUGUAUGCCACCACCGCCUGGUGAAAUUUACUGUUUUUGAGAUUUACUUUCUAAGAAUGUGUGAGGCAGGAAUAAGUGCACAUGAGGCCAGGUGUCAAAUCCCCUGAAGCUGUAGUUAGAGGCGUUAGUGAGCUGUUCAGUGUGGGUGCUGGCAUCUGAGCUUAGGACCUCUGUAACAGCAAUGUGUGUUUUCAACCUCCAGCUCAAGCUUUUUAUUUUUGAAGAUGGGGAUUCUCAUGUAGCCCAAACUAGUCUGGGCUUGGCCCAGCUGAAGAUAACUUGAGGGCUGGGGUUGCAAACCAAUGCACCCCUAUACAUACAUCUGGUUUAUGACUGGUUAUACUGGAAAUUGAACCCAUGGUCUUGUGGAUGCUAACCAAGCCUUCCACCAACUGAGCUACCUCUGCAUUGUGUAUUGUGGGUGUGUUUGUAUAGGCAAGGACUCUUGCCCAGACUGGACUCCUGGGUUUCUACUUUAGACUCCUAAGUAUUGGGGCUACAGUGUAUAUCACUUGGAAUUUUUUUUGUUUCCUUCCUGUAGUAAAUAUAUUAUCUAUUGUAUACUGAAUUUGGGAUAUAGUAGUGGAACACAAAGAGACCUGUCUGAUUUUGUUCUAAGAAAGGUACAUUUCAUUAUAGGAGAGUAACAUUAAAUAAAACCUAAUAGAGAGAUGAUGAUUCCUGUGAAACUUCUGUAUGGUGGUGUUAAUUGUUGUAAGAGGAUUCUGGGCAAUAAAGGUGGCCUGUCAGGUAACAGUGCUUGCAGUACAAAUUUGACUUGAAUUUGAUUCCCUGAUGAUGAAAGUCAGAAAGUUGUCCUUAGGGCUUCCACAGUGCUCAUACAGUAUUGCUAUUCAAUUUAGGGACAUUUAAAUAGUCUAAGAGUCUCAGGCUGGCCUUGAAAUAAUUGUGGAUGGCCUGAAAUAAACUCUGUUCCUCCUUCCUCUACCUUUUGGGGUUACAGAACGUCUCAACAUUCCUGAUUUGAGAUAGGUUUUCCUGAUGAGGUAAUAGUUAAAAUUUGAAAGAAAUUAGGGAUCAGGGACGAGCUUUCAAAAUGUAGGUAAUGUUAGCACUUGGGGAGUAGAGGCAGGAGGAUCAGGAAUUGGAGGCCAGCUUGGCCAAUAUAUGACCUUAUUUCAAACAACAAAAACGGUGCUCAGUGAAUGUCAGAGAUCUACUGCUCUUGAAAAGGACCUGGGUUCUCUUUCUACCACUCAAACCUGCUUAUAUCACCUUUUGCUUCUUUGUACAUUUACACAUGCAUGUUGCAUACAAACCCAGGCAAACACAUAGGUAAAAAUCUUUGUUGGGAGGUGGUGGUGCAUGCCAUUAAUCCUAGUACUCAGGAGACAAAGACAGUGGUUCUCUGAGUUCAAAAUCAGCCUGGUCUACAGAGCAAGUUCCAGGACAGCCUGGGCUAUACAGAGAAGCUCUGUCUCGUAAUCCCUGCCCCCCCCCCCCAAAAACCCAAAACAAAAAAUUACUUUAUCAAACAAACAUUAAGAUUUUUUACAGUGGAAAUUGUUCUUUUAAGGAAUUAAAAGAGAAGGUAUGAGAGAUAUGGUAUGAAGUGAAGUUGACAUGGUAUAAAUUUUAUUCUUUUGUUUGUAUGUUUUUUAGUUUUUUCGGGAUGGUUUCUCUGGAUAGCCCUGGCUGUUGUGGAACGGGAUCUGUAGAGCAGGCUGGCCUCAAACUCAGAGAUCCACCUGCUUCUGCCUCCUGAGUGCUGGGAUUAAAGGCCUUCCCACCAUUGCCCAGAAAAGAUGUUAGAGCAAGAAGAGAAUGGCUUGUUUGAAAUACCAGAUUAUGAUCAUAUAGAAGAUGAAACUUUUCCUCCCUUCCCACCUCCAGCCUCUCCUGAGAGAGAUACUGCAGAACUUGAACCUGAUGAAGGAAGUGGAACACCUGUUCCUGUGCCACCAAGGAGAACAGUUAAAAGGAAUCUACCCAAGCUAGAUGCUACUAGAUUAACUUCAGAGAGAGGGCUUCCAGCCUUAAGGCAUAUGUUUGAUAAGAUAAAAUUCAAGGGGAAAGGUCAUGAGGCUGAAGACUUGAAAACGCUAAUCAGACACAUGGAGCACUGGGCACAUAGGCUAUUCCCCAAACUGCAAUUUGAAGAUUUUAUUGACAGAGUUGAAAACCUGGGAAAUAAAAAGGAGGUUCAGACCUGUUUAAAACGAAUUCGACUUGAUCUCCCUAUUGUACAUGAAGAUUUUGUUAACAAUAAUGAUGAAGUUGAAGAAACUAAUAACCUCGAUGCAACUGCAGCUGGAUUUGAUCCCUUUUUGACAAGCUCAUUUGACAGCAAGAAGUUGGCUUCUGAAUCAAGUAGAAGUCUAACAGAAGAGCAGCAACAGAGGAUUGAGAGAAAUAAACAACUGGCCUUGGAAAGAAGGCAGGCAAAGCUACUGAGUAAUAGCCAGUCCCUAGAAAAUGAUGUGUUAGUGAGCACAUCCUGGGCACAGUCAGUGGAAGAGAGCAGUACUGCGGAGGAUCAAGAAGACUCAGGUGGAUUAAACACAGAUACUGCAGAUGCUCCACGUGUUCCUUCUGCCAACGCAAAUGAAGAGGAACAGUUCGAAGCAGAGGAACCAUUCUAACUUGGACUAACCAGAAAUGUUCCAAGUAGCCAGACUUCUACAACAGAAUCCUGCAGAGUUUGGGGCUAUUUGUAAGUUUUUCUACUUUGUAUAAGUCUAAGUUAUAAAACUUCUAUGGAUUCCUGCUUAAAAUACAGUGACUAUUUAUAAUUGUGUUUCCUACUUAUUUUAGUACAUCUAUUAUUUUUUGCUGUACUGUAUAAAUUUGACUUUAUAAAUUG